AUGCACAGAAACGAGACGGCGGUGAUAGUCGAAUCGAAUCAGCACCUUAAGUCGAUGUUUCUGCAGAACAUUGUUCGGAUACACAGUGACCAUCCAGUAAAAAUCCUGAACAACACCAUAAUGACCCUUUCGGACGAAGAAUGCCAACAGCUGAACAAAACAGCAAAAAUUGACAGUGUGGGCAAUCGCCGGAACUGUCCAGGUAAUGAUUUUCAUUUUAUCCAUAUAGCUGUGAAACUUUAG